UCAGUCGGGACGCCGCGGCGGCCGGGGCGAAGAAAGGGAGCCCGGAGGAGCCCGGGGAAGGCAGGGAAGGUUCGGCGGCCUCGGGCACGGAGGAGCGCAGGGCCAUGCGGGCCCGCGACGCGGCCCCCCGAGCCUGAGCGCAGCUCCCCGGGCGGAAAGCGUCGAGCGAGGCCGCAGCCAUGGAGCCCGCGCAGCAGCCGCCGCCCCAGCCGGCCCCGCAAGGCCCCGCGGCGCCGUCCGCGCCCGCGCCCCCGCCGGGGACCCCCGCGGCCCCGCCCGCGCCCCCGGCCGGCCACCAAGUCGUGCACGUCCGCGGAGACUCGGAGACCGACCUGGAGGCGCUCUUCAACGCCGUCAUGAACCCCAAGACGGCCAACGUGCCGCAGACCGUGCCCAUGCGGCUGCGCAAGCUGCCCGACUCCUUCUUCAAGCCGCCCGAGCCCAAGUCCCACUCGCGGCAGGCCAGCACCGAUGCAGGCACUGCAGGGGCUCUGACCCCGCAGCACGUUCGGGCUCACUCCUCCCCUGCAUCCCUGCAGCUGGGCGCCGUGUCUCCUGGGACUCUGUCCCCUGCUGUGGUCUCUGGCCCAGCCGCCACCCCUGCAGCCCAGCAUCUCCGCCAGUCUUCCUUUGAGAUCCCUGACGAUGUACCGCUGCCGGCAGGCUGGGAGAUGGCCAAGACGUCGUCGGGUCAGAGGUACUUCUUAAACCACAUCGACCAGACAACAACAUGGCAGGACCCCAGGAAGGCCAUGCUCUCCCAAAUGAACGUCCCUACGCCUGCCAGCACAGCGGUGCCUCAGACCCUGAUGAACUCCGCCUCAGGACCUCUUCCUGAUGGCUGGGAGCAAGCCAUGACUCAGGAUGGAGACGUUUACUACAUAAACCAUAAGAACAAGACCACGUCCUGGCUGGACCCAAGGCUUGACCCUCGUUUUGGUAAAGCCAUGAACCAGAGAAUUACUCAGAGCGCUCCAGUGAAGCAACCGCCGCCCUUGGCUCCCCAGAGCCCACAGGGAGGCGUCCUGGGUGGUGGCAACUCCAGCCAGCAGCAGCAGAUGCAGCUGCAGCAGCUGCAGAUGGAGAAGGAGAGACUGCGGUUGAAGCAGCAAGAAUUACUGCGGCAGGUGAGGCCACAGGCAAUACGGAAUAUCAAUCCCAGCACAGCAAAUGCUCCAAAAUGUCAGGAAUUAGCUCUCCGAAGCCAGUUGCCCACGCUGGAGCAGGACGGAGGAACUCAGAAUGCCGUGUCUUCUCCCGGGAUGUCUCAGGAGCUGAGAACGAUGACGACCAAUAGUUCAGAUCCCUUUCUUAACAGUGGCACCUAUCACUCUAGAGACGAGAGCACGGACAGUGGCCUCAGCAUGAGUAGCUACAGUGUCCCUCGGACCCCGGAUGACUUCCUGAACAGUGUUGAUGAAAUGGAUACAGGUGACACUAUCAACCAAAGCACCCUGCCGUCACAGCAGAGCCGCUUCCCAGACUACCUUGAAGCCAUCCCUGGGACAAAUGUGGACCUUGGAACACUGGAAGGAGAUGCGAUGAACAUAGAAGGGGAGGAGCUGAUGCCCAGCCUCCAGGAAGCCCUGAGCUCUGACAUCCUCAAUGACAUGGAGUCCGUGCUGGCCGCCACCAAGCUCGAUAAAGAAAGCUUCCUCACAUGGUUAUAGAGUUGCCGGGAAGCCACUCUCCAAGUCUGUGAAGGAUCCACGGAGCCUAAGAUGUGCAACCCUGAAAUUCAGAUAGGCCGGUGUCAAUCAAGUCUUUGGCUAAUACAGGAAACCGAUGAACAAAUGUCCAGCAGGGACCUUCCAUCAUCCACCGCUCUGCUCUUCUCCGCCCGUCGCUGCUGUUAAUGUUGCUGCCCUGUUCACAGCCUGCCCUGAAGAAUCAGACACACAAAACAAAAAGCCCCUUUGGUUUCUUUUGCUCUAAUAACUACUAUUCUCUGGGGUUGCUGGAGAAUACCCUGUGUGGGUGAUGGUGUUCUCCCUUUUGCCCAGUGGUGUCCUCACCCAUUGUUUUAACUGAACACUCAGACUGGGGACUGAAAUGCUUCGUGUCAGAGCAUGUGCUCAAGAUAAAAGGUGGUUUCUUCCGUUGCCUUUGGCCCUCUGGUCCAACAAGCCAAAAACAUGGCAUCUGAUCUUAAGUACUCAGUGCCAAUCGGGAGAUCUCAAAGACUGGUGGACUUUUUUGAUUUCUUCUCCUGGUGAUGCCAUUAGUCACAUGGUGACCUGGAUUUUAUUUUAGAAGCUUCUAAGGCAUGAGACAGUUUCCAUAGAAAUAUAUUAAUUAUUGCCACAUACUCUAGGCUAGGUUUGAGUGGGUAUUUUUUUGGGUGCUGGUGGCCUUCCUUCCUUCCUUUCUUCCUUCCUUCCUUCCUUUCUUCCUUCGAUUCCUUCCUUCCUUCCUUCGGUGAUUGGUUUUGUUGGAACGUAGGUAAAUUAGUAAAGUUGUUUAUAGCUAUAGCUUGGGUGGGCAGUACUGUUGGGGGGGCAGGAAAUCUGUAUUUCCUGGCUUUUUACAUCUUAUUUAAAUCUUGGUUAUCUCCUUUCUACAUAUGUACACACACUUAUAAUGUCUAUGGUAGUGGGAUAGCAGAAUGUAUCUUUUUAAAGGUUUCCCUCCUUUCCAGUUUAGUUUUUAAAUGGUAGCCUUGAGCGUACGCAUUUAGAAUACAUGACUAGUAGGUUUAUGUUUCACAAAUAGUUUAAAUUCUUGUUGGCAACCUGCAAGUGUUCAAGGUAGGGCCGUGUUAUGGAAAGGGCUCCUGUGGUGGUGGAGCCUAGAGGAGCUCUCUUGUCCUCUACACUUUGGUGACUAGGAUGGAAGCUGACACAGGCCUCACUUCCCCUGGGACCACUUCCUAUGGGGCAGUCACUGAGCGGGAGUGAGCUCAGGAGCAGACCUUCCCUCUGCCGCCUCCUCAGUUUGCGAUGUGAACUCAGGUACUUGAGUUCUCAUUUGUCGUGGUCACAAUUAAGACCGGGUUGAGUGUUACCUACAAGAUCGUUUUUUACAGGACCUGCUCACACUUUUCUGCCAAAUGGACCCUUGGGGAGUGUGCAGGAGGCUGUGAGGUCAUGGGUUGGCUGGUAACGUGAUCAGACAAGUAAGUGUGUGGGGGUAGUUGACCUUAGUGAAGAAAUAGAGAUAAGCAUGAGUAUGUCUUUAUUUUUGCAAGGAGAGAGCUUGCUAGAGUACGUGAUGGCUUCCAAAGAGUAUUUUGUAAAGGAACAAAAUAAGCAUGAAUUAACCUUUCAGUAUAAGCUAUGAUGUGUAGUAGUUGGUUAUGAAUUGUAGUGGCACCAGCUAGCACCUCUGUCACUUAAGGGUCUUUGUAUGCUUUUAGGAGAAUCCCUUAUUUUCAAGGGUUUUUAAUGAGCAGACAAACAAACAAAAAAAAACCCCAUCCCCUUUCCCUGGCUAAAGCCGCCGUGGGAAGCCUCAGCUUAGGAAGGUGGAGAUCUGUUGGCGCUUUGAUCUAGUGUAGCACAGGAAGGGAAGUAGGAAAGUUUUAUCCAGUACUUUGAGUGCUCAGAAAAUGCAAUCAGUGUAUUAUAUAUGAUGAUUCAUAGUCAGAACCAGUGUAUUAUACAUUGCGAUUCAUAGUCAUUGGUAGCCAUCGACCCUAAGGCUUCUACUAAGAAACCAGCUGAAGAUUCACCUUUGAGUUAGGUCUGGGGAAAUGGCCACCAGGAGGAUUUAGUUUAGAACAAAAAUGAAAUUGUAUUCUAAAACUCAGUAGUGGGCAGUGAGUGUGCAGACGGACCAUAGGACACUGGUGAGUGCCUGCAGUUUGCCAGUAAGCACGGAGUAAGGCUGCAUCCUCUGCGGGCCCGAACUGUAGUGUGCUUGGAGGGUGGGAAGGUGGGCUGGCGAGGUUAGUGGGGCCGUGAUAGAAAAGCUUUCAUGAACUUCUUUCUCUCCAGUAAACACUUAGCCCACAUCUUGCUGUCAGUAAAGAAGUUGUUCCUAAACUUUGAGUCACUUAAGCUUGCCCACGAAGUGAGGUGCGGUUUCCCUCCCUGGGGAUUGUUUGCCUGGUGAUACCUCAGUGUCCAGCAGCUCCUGGUGCCUGACAGCUGUCUGGCCUCACCACACCCUUUGUGCUGACUGCGGGGACCUGAGCACCCUUCCCUUCCCUGAAUCACGGCCUCAAUGUCGUCUUGUGUCCUUGCUGAUGUAAAAGUGUUUAAUGCUUCCUGGAUGUAGUGGGUAGCAUGCGGAUAAGAAUUUAACUGGUUAUUCUUGAAUUUCUUUUACAAUAAACCAAUUUUUAUAAUCUUGAAA